AGCGAUGGACUGGCACUUCUUCAGAACAGCGGCAGUGCUGUUCGUUUUCUUGGUGGUGGUGGAAGUUAACAGUGAAUUUCGAAUCCAGGUAAGAGAUUAUAAUACUAAAAAUGGCACCAUCAAGUGGCAUUCAAUCAGAAGGCAAAAACGUGAAUGGAUCAAGUUCGCUGCGGCCUGUCGUGAAGGUGAAGACAACUCAAAGAGGAACCCAAUCGCCAAAAUUCACUCAGAUUGUGCUGCAAACCAGCAAGUUACAUACCGCAUCUCUGGAGUAGGAAUUGAUCAACCACCUUAUGGAAUCUUCAUUAUUAAUCAAAAAACUGGUGAAAUUAAUAUAACAUCCAUAGUUGAUCGAGAAGUCACACCUUUUUUCAUUAUCUAUUGCCGGGCUCUGAAUUCACUGGGCCAAGAUUUAGAGAGGCCUCUUGAGCUCAGAGUCAGGGUUUUGGAUAUAAAUGACAACCCUCCAGUAUUUUCUAUGUCUACUUUUGUAGGACAAAUAGAAGAAAAUUCUAAUGCAAACACACUGGUGAUGAGACUCAAUGCUACUGAUGCAGAUGAACCAAAUAAUUUGAACUCAAAAAUCGCCUUCAAGAUCAUAAGACAGGAACCUUCUGAUUCACCAAUGUUUAUUAUCAACAGAAACACUGGAGAAAUUCGGACGAUGAACAAUUUUCUAGACAGAGAGCAAUACAGCCAGUAUUCUCUUGCUGUAAGAGGCUCAGACCGAGAUGGCGGGGCAGAUGGAAUGGCAGCAGAGUGUGAAUGCAGCAUUAAAAUCCUCGACGUCAAUGAUAACAUCCCAUACAUGGAACAGCCUACAUAUAAAAUCAGUAUCGAAGAAAAUGCUCUCAAUUCAAAUUUGCUCCAGAUUAGAGUAAUCGAUUUGGAUGAGGAGUACUCAGCUAACUGGAUGGCAGUCAUUUUCUUUAUCUCUGGAAAUGAGGGAGGUUGGUUUGACAUAGCAAUGGAUGAAAAAACAAACGUAGGAAUUUUAAAGGUUGUUAAGCCCCUAGAUUAUGAAGCUAUGAAGAACCUGCAACUUAGUAUUGGUGUGAGAAAUAAAGCUGAAUUUCAUCCUUCAAUUAUGUCUCAAUAUAAACUCACAGCAACUGCGAUCUCCGUGACUGUGUUAAAUGUAGUGGAAGGCUCAGUGUUCCGUCCAGGUUCAAAGACAUAUGUAGUAACUAGUAAUAUGGGACAAAAUUAUAAAGUGGGAGACUUUAUAGCUACUGAUCUGGACACAGGUCUAGCUUCAACAACUGUUAGAUAUGUAAUGGGAACUAAUCCGACUGACUUGCUUGCCAUCGACUCAAAAACGGGCAUAAUUACUUUGAAAAAUAAAGUUACCAAGGAACAAUAUGACCAGCUUAAUGGAAAAUACCAAGGAACAAUUCUAUCUAUAGAUGAUGCUCUUCAAAGAACUUGUACUGGUACAAUUAUUAUUGACCUUCAAGGCUCUGGCUGGGAAGUUCGUGAAUCUAGUACAACAGACAGUGAUGACACCAGUACUGGAGGUGGUGCCGGUACUAGCACAGGGGAGGAUACUUCCACUAGUUCCGUCAUUGGUCCUGAUGCAGGAAACAAUGGCGCUACCCAAACAAGUACUUCUCAGGCAAAUGGGGACAAUGGUGAAAGGCAAUCACGCUCCGAUAAUGUACAUUUUGGUCCUGCUGGUAUUGGACUACUCAUCUUGGGAUUCUUGGUCCUUGGAUUGGUCCCAUUUUUGUUGUUGUUUUGUGAUUGCGGAGGUGCCUCUGGUGGAGCCGGCUUUGAGCCUGUUCCUGAAUGUGCAGAUGGGGCAAUACAGCCAUGGGCGGUAGAAGGACCGCAACCUGAACUCAGCGAUUUGACCACUAUCUGUGCACCACAAAUACCACCCGAUAAUGCAAAUAUAAUUGAAUGCGUGGGCACCUCAGGGUUUUACACAGAUGCGUAUGGUGGCAGAGAAAUGCAUGAUCUGGCAGGAGGAGAAAGAACGACAGGAUUUGAUCUAACAGAAGGAGUUAAAACGUCAGGAGCACGUGAUAUAUGUCAAGAAUAUUCUGGAACAUUAAGAAGAAAUUCUGUGAGGGAAGGUAGAGAAGGAGGUCUGAAUAUGAAUUUCAUGGAAAGUUACUUCUGUCAGAAAGCAUAUGCUUAUGCAGAUGAAGACGAAGGACGCCCAUCCAAUGACUGUUUGCUCAUAUAUGAUAUUGAAGGUGUAGGUUCCCCUACGGGCUCCGUGGGUUGUUGUAGCUUCAUUGGAGAAGACUUGGAUGACAGCUUCUUGGAGACACUGGGGCCUAAAUUUAAGAAGUUGGCAGAUAUCAGCCUAGGAAAAGAAGUUGAAUCAUAUCCAGACCCUGAUCCCUCUUGGCCACCUGAAAGCACUGAACUAAUUUGCCCUCAGCCGGGAACAGAGCCCAUUGUUAGUGGACACCCACCCAUCUCCCCACAUUUCGGCACUACCACAGUCAUUUCUGAGAGUACCUACCCCUCAGGACCUGGUGUACAGCAUCCUAUACCUAUUCCUGAUCCUCUGGGCUAUGGUAAUGUCACUGUGACCGAGUCUUACACCACCUCUGGCACUCUGAAGCCCUCUGUCCACAUUCAUGAUAAUCGACAGGCAUCAAACGUGGUGGUGACAGAGAGGGUGGUCGGCCCCAUCUCCAGUGCCGAUUUGCAUGGAAUGUUAGAGAUGCCUGACUUGAGAGAUGGGUCCAACAUUAUAGUGACAGAAAGGGUAAUAGCCCCAAGUUCAAGUCUACCCACCACUUUGACCAUCCCUGAUCCUAGAGAGUCUUCAAAUGUGGUAGUGACAGAAAGAGUAAUCCGACCAACUUCUGGCAUGAUGGGCAGUCUGAGCAUGCACCCUGAGUUACCACAUGCCCAAAAUGUGAUUGUGACAGAGAGGGUUGUCUCUGGCUCUGGCAUAACUGGAAUUAGUGGCCCAGCUGGGAUAACUGGAGGCAGCGGUCUAGGCAGCAGUGGCCUGGUUGGCAGUGCAGCUGGAAUAAGUGGUGGUGGCAUUGGGCUGAGCAGCCUGGGAAGAGGCGGGGGCCUGAGUAGCAGCACGGGGGGGACGGCCACUAUUGGCCACAUGAGGGGCUCCUCUGACCACCACUUUAGCCAGACCCUUGGAUCUGCCUCCCCUAGCACAGCCCGAAGUCGAAUCACAAAAUAUAGUACAGUACAGUAUACCAAGUAG